AUGUCUGCAAGAUGUAAAGGAAUUGGCAUCGGUCAUCCUGCAGCCCCAGAUGCUUUGGGGAUCUCCAUAGAGGAAAAGAGGAGAAGUUCAAGAAGCAGAGACCACAGCCUGCUUCUUGGGGGAGGGAAGGAGGGAAAAGACCAAGGAGUAACGACCGCUCAGCAGUCCAAGGAAGCCGAACAGCACAGAACACAGGGAAGACGCCAAGUGGCUCGGGGAAGGCAGGCAGGGAGCGAGCCUGAAGGCGGGUGCGCGGUGCUCGAAUACGGGUCCACGAAAUGCGUGUGGGAUCAGACUAUAAUGGCCCUUAUUCCAGGAUCAGAGAGCCAAUAUGGAAAUUCUGCCAGUUAUCAGGAAAAUGGAGAAGAAAACAAAGAAAGGAAACAGGAAGCAACUAAAAGGAAUGAGCCUAUUGAGAGUUCACAGAGUUCAGCACCGAGUUCUGCAUUAGAUUUCAACAAAGAUGGGGAAGAAGAAACAACAGAUGAAAUCAAAUCUGAAGGUAGAGAACUAGCCAUUCCCCUACAGCAGCAAUUUUCAAUGGAAUCAAAACUGGAGGAGCAGCCAGGGAUCUCAACUGUAAAGGAAUCUAAAAUUGAAAUCUCAAAGAAUGUUGUAAUUAGAGAACCUGCAAGUGUGGUUUUCAAUUUAGAUCAAACUGUACUGGAUUCAAAGCUAGAUCUACCAUGGAAGAAAAAUCUUUUUGAACGAGUAGAGGCGAGAGCUCAAGCAAUGCAGCAGAAAAUAUUAGAUAAGGAUAAACUGAAAAAAGAACUAGACAAACAAGCUGAGAAAAAAAUCCCUAAGGAAACUUUGGCCAAAGAGUGGUUUAAUAUUGACAACAUGACUCUGAAUACUCGUGCAUAUUUGCUUGACAAACUUCUACCCACCUUAGUGGUUGGAAUGGAACAUAUGUUAAUGCAAGUGGAAAAAAAGAAGCUUUUGUCAGAAGCUGAUAUUCCAACUAAGUUUGAUCCAAUUAUUUAUUUGGGGGAAUAUUUAAUGAGAAAUAAUCCUCUUUAUAUCAAAGACUCAAGGAUGUCUGGUUAUCAGAGGGAGAUGAAAAAUGUCACAGAAAAUCUGAAGAUACAUAUUACCAACACUAUCUGCAACAGAGUAUCCAGGAUGAAGGAGAAGAUUAAAGAGAAACAAGAACAAAGAGAAACCAUAAGCCAAGUCAAAGUCCAGGUGGCCAACCUACGGAAACAGGCUCUGCAGGAGCAGUUCAAUGAAUGGAUUCUAGACCCUAAGGGAAUGAUUCCUAUGAAAGUGAUUCAGAAUGCUCUUCAUGAUUUUUUUCAAAAUCCAAAUUUCAAGCUUGGUAAGCAUGCCUAUUACUACAAAACACUUUGCAAACAGUUGGAUAUUGCUGACUCAAUGGAGCAAAGAUUGAACAAAACGGAAUUUACGGAAUACAUCUCUGCGCACAUUGCAGACUUGAAAAGUGAAAUAUUUGAAGAACUCCUUAAGCACCUUUGCCACAGUGCAGAUGAAUUCCGGGAGGUCAUAAAAACAGAUAUGCGGAGGCAGAUGUUUGUUGAACUCUUCCUGCAUUGUGACUGUGGGAAGGUAGGGUUUUUGAAUCGACAGAGGACAUUGGCCUUGCUGGAAACAUUCUAUGACCAAAGUCCAACAAUGCUUAGACGUUUACUCCGAAACCCAAGACAAUGGCCACUCCUUGAAUUUGAAGAGAUAGAGCUGCCUGAGUUCUGGGGAGACAUGGAUAAUCAGAAACACAUUUAUGAAGACUUUGACAAUGUGUUCUUAGAGAUGAAUACACCACUGUCUGAAAAAAGUGCUAGCAAAAAACAAAGUAAAUUGCUCAAAAAACCAGAAGAGCUACAUAAAUAUGAUAAAUAUAAAAAAUCAACACUAUUGCCAAGCCUACCAGAACAGCAGAUGGGAACAAUUGCAGGACAAGACCCAAACAAAAUUUUAAGUGAAGAUCUAAACUCAGAGUCAAUAACAGCACAAGGACAGCAGAAAGGGGCAACAGUGCGACCAGGAUCACGCAGAGGGUCACGCAGAAUGUCAUUAAUAGAAGAACCACAAAAAGAUGCAACUGCAGAACGAGGAUCACGCAGAGGAUCACGCAGAAUGUCAGUAAUAGAAGAACCACAGAAAGGAUCAAAAGAAGAGCCAAGCAGAGAGCCAGUAGCAGAACAAGGAGCACCUAGAGAUGCAAUUGUAGAAGAAUCACUCAGAGAGUCGGGAACAGAAGGAUCCAGCAGAGGGUCCGAAGCAGAACAAGGAGUGCAGAGAGGGGCAAUUGCAGAAGAAGGGUUGAGAGAGUCACGAGGAGGAUCACGCAGAGGAUCACGCAGAAUGUCAGUAACAGAACCAUACAAAUUGCCCACUGAAAGACUAGAAUCACCCGGAGAGUCAGUAGCAGAAUCAGGAUCACAAAGAGGGUCAAGUGAUGAAGAAUCUCUUAAAGAGCCAGUAACACGAAGAGGAUCACGCAAAGGAUCACGCAGAAUGUCGGUAAUAGAAGAGCCAUACAAAUGGCUCGCUGAAAGACAAGAAUCAUCCAGAGAGUCAGUAGCAGAACCAGGACUGCAAAGAGGGUCAACUGCAGAAGAAGCACCUUCCAGAGAGUCACUGACACCAAAAGGGUCACGCAGAGGAUCACACAGAAUGUCAUUAACAGAAUCGCAUAAAGCGUCAACUGAAGAACUAGAAUCACUCAGAGAGACAAUUCCAGAGGAACAGGACAUAGCCUCAACUUCACAAUCAAGGGAAGGUAAUAUCUUAAAAGAAAAAACUGCAAAGAAGAAAGCUGAGAAAGACAAAGCCUGUGAACCCAAGUCCCAAGAAAUAGAAGGAAAGCCAUGGCCAGGUGAACUUUUGACUUGUGACUUGAAGAAGUAUGUAAAAUGCGAAGACGAGGAACAGGCAAAAUUAAUCUAUGAUAACUCCAGAUUCGCAGACCUACAUUCAAUUAUCAGAAAUAUUCAGUCUUAUAAAGAAGUGAAAGGAAGGAGUGCCUUCAAUGGAGUUUCCCUUAAUCUGCUCCAGUUUGUGCAACUCCUAGAGACAUUUGUUGGUGAAGAUGCCCCCUUGAGUACCAGUGAGACCCUCACCUCCUUUUUCAAGUGGGGCUAUGCUGAAACAAAAGAAGAGAAAAUGAGGGAGUUGGAAGAGGCUAUACAAAACACUUCCCAAAUUCGACGGGGACUUCUCCUAGAAGCCCUCUUUCAGUUGUGGGACAGUGAUGGCUCAGGCUUCCUAGAUCUGAAUGAAGUUGAUGAACUCUUGUAUACAUACAAGGAGGGAAUGGAAAAAGAAGCUAUGAAGACAGCUAAAUUACACAUCCAAUUUCCAAAGCCACACCCUGGUCAAGAAGUGAGGUUGUCUUCAAAACAGUUUCAGAAAUACAUAGAAUUGGUUGUAUCUGAACUCAGGGGCAACGAAGACCAGGUUCUGGAAAGCCUGGUGGAGUUUCUGAUGACCAGCUUAGAAAGAAGCCAUUUUGAAGGUCUGAGGAACAGUGCCAGACGGAAGUGGCUGCACCAAAUUCAACAUGCUGCAGAAACAAGUGGGGUAUCCCUGGAGCCAGUGUACACUGAGACCUUUAAGGCCCUCACACAGGAUGCUCAAGUCCAUGGAAAUAAGAAGAUCAGUGCUCACAUUUCCCUCUUAGAAGAAAACCGACUACUGCCUCAUAGAGGGGCUGUUCUAUUAAGGAAUGUAGCUUGUACUUUAGAUGAUGCUCCAUUUGUACUGAACAAAGUGCUCUACAGGGACAUGAAGGGAAUCAGCUUUACAGUAAUAGAUAAAGGGAAGCCAGUACAUGUCCCUCAAGUUCAGCACCAUGGGAACAUUUUCUUCUGGAAUGAUUCCCGCAAGGAGAAUGAGAAAAAUGGAUCAUUCUUGGCUCUGCCUCUUCAGAAUGCAUAUAUGAGGAUCUUUGGGGUCCUGGCUGUUGACACACUAAGAGAUCCCCAGAAAAUAAACAUCUUCUUGCCUCAUGAGAUCAGAUUCUAUCAGGGUGUUGCCAAUGUCUUCAGCACUGCCUAUCACUAUGUCCACAGCCGGGAGCACAUCCUGCACGUUGUGAUCACUGGCAUCAGCUGGCUCUACAACAUCAUACCAGACAUUAACGCCAUCUCUACAUACUUCAUUGAGCCUAGCCCAGAGCAGGGUUCAGACUAUGUUUUACGCAAUAUGAUGGUCACAGGGCCCCUAGGUCUAACAGAAAUCCACAAAAAUCCCCCUACCAUCUUCAGGAAGACACACAUCUUCAGGGAUUUCCUUUUUAAGUGUAUAGACAGUUCAGAAGUUCUUUUGGCCUCUGUCUGUGGAGAAAACCACAUCGCAAUUCCACUUCGUGAGAGAACAGGAGAGGCUCUGGGGGCUCUCGAUUUUAACAUUGGCAAGAGGAAGAUGUUGUUGUAUCGAGAAUUUAAAGAUCUACAGAAAAUGGUGAAGGUGACCCAAGCUGCCUGCUAUGAAAUACUGGACGAGUUAUCUGGAGAAAAAGAGAAGAAUCGUGUCUUAGAGAUUGAAAAUGCAGGAGAAGUCCAGCAGGCAGGAGUUCUCUUCUUCCGAAUCAUGCUGCAAGAGCUGCAGAAAAGCCUUCGGCAGCUUACCUCCAUGGACUUUGUAUCACUGUUGCUCUAUGAUUACCGUUCUGCAAUACAGUCAAAUAAAUCUCUGACAGCCAGCCAGUUACACGAGUUGGAAGCCAAUGCAAAACUAGUACCUGAAAUCCUGACAGCGGUUAUCUUGUUCAUUCAUCCAGAGUUGGAAUCAUCACAUGAAUUAGAAAUUUGGGAUAAAUGUAAACUGUACUUUAACAAACACUUAGUUGAGAGUAUUUGUGCCUUUGAUCCAACUGCGAAGAAUGUAAAAGUUAAUGUAAAGCUCAUUGGUAACUAUCUCAAAGGUCAUUCCCGAAUCGAUGUGUGGAAAUCGCAUAGUAUUGUCAUGGAGUACCUAUACCAUUGGUCACACAUCUGUUUAGCUCUCAUAGAACUAAAGAUAAAACUAAGUGGUGCUAUGAUACCCCCAUUGCCCUCAAAGACUGACUCCCGUGUGUAUGCAAAAAUGCCAGGUGCAAGCUUGCUAGGUACAGAGUAAAGACCGAAGAUUCAGAAAAUAAAAUGGCAG